CACACACGAUGCUUCCCUCCAUCCUUUCAAAAUCAAGAAACGCGCCGUCACCCGCCGGACACCGCCGCCAUCUCCGUCGUCUCCUCUCCUCUUCGCUCGGCAGGGCUACAACCUUCCCACCCACCACCGCCAUUGCACUAUCACCACCACCUCCAAGCACCAACUCCCACCUUGCUUCUUCCCCUCAUUCCUACCACCGCUACGCCUCCAUCCUCCAAUCCUGCGUCGCCGCGGGUUCCCUGCGCGCCGGCAGGAAGCUCCAUGGCAGGCUCCUCGUCUCGGGCCUCGGCCCUGACACGGUCUUGUCCACCAAGCUCGUCGACCUGUACGCUGCCUGCGGCCAUGUUGGGCAGGCGCGCCGCCUGUUUGACGGAAUGCCCAAGCGGAACGUGUUCCUGUGGAACGUGCUGAUCAGGGCCUAUGCGCGGGAGGGGCCUCGCGAGGCCGCGGUGCAGCUCUACCGAGGGAUGGCGGAGCACGGCGUGGAGCCUGAUAACUUCACGUACCCGCUGGUGCUCAAGGCGUGCGCGGCGCUCCUGGACCUGGAGACAGGGAGGGAGGUGCACGAGCACAUCUCGGGCACACGGUGGGGCCAGGAUGUGUUUGUGUGCGCCGGUGUUGUUGACAUGUACGCCAAGUGUGGGUGUGUGGACGAUGCUCGAGCGGUGUUUGAUGGGAUCGCGGUGAGAGACGCUGUUGUGUGGAAUUCGAUGAUUGCUGCAUAUGGGCAGAAUGGGCGACCCAUGGAGGCGCUUUCAUUGUGCCGCGACAUGGCUUCUAAUGGUGUUGGGCCCACAAUCGCUACUCUGGUGAGUACAAUAUCAGCGGCGGCUGAUGCAGCUGCUCUGCCUAGAGGGAGAGAGCUGCAUGGGUUUGGUUGGAGGAGGGGGUUCGGGGGGCAGGACAAGCUGAAAACUUCCCUUGUGGACAUGUAUGCCAAGAGUGGGUGGCUUCAUGUAGCUCGUGUUCUCUUUGAGCAACUUAUGAAGAGGGAACUUGUUUCUUGGAAUGCCAUGAUAUGUGGAUAUGGGAUGCAUGGCCAUGCUGACGAAGCGCUUGAAUUGUUUAACAAAAUGAGGGGAGAUGCUCAAGUGACUCCUGACAACAUCACUUUUGUUGGGGUUUUAUCUGCCUGCAACCAUAGAGGGAUGGUAGAAGAAGCAAAAGAGUUCUUUGGUCUGAUGGUUGAUGUGUCCUCCAUCGAGCCAACAGUGCAGCAUUACACUUGCCUUGUAGAUGUUCUUGGUCACACUGGUAGGUUUGAGGAAGCAUAUGAUCUUAUUAAGGGAAUGUCUAUCAAACCAGAUUCAGGAAUAUGGGGGGCACUUCUCAAUGGUUGUAAGAUCCACAAAAAUGUUGAACUAGGUGAGCUAGCCCUGCAGAAGUUGAUUGAGCUCGAGCCUGAAGAUGCUGGCAAUUAUGUCCAUCUAUCAAAUAUCUAUGCUCAGUCUGGGAAAUGGGAAAAUGCUGCAAGGGUGAGAAAGCUAAUGACCAAUAGAGGCCUGAAAAAAAUCCUCGCUUGCAGUUGGAUUGAGUUGAAAGGGAAAACUCAUGGAUUUCUAGUUGGGGAUGCAUCUCAUCCUAGAUCAGAUGAAAUAUAUGAAGAGUUAGAGAGAUUGGAAGGUCUCAUGAGUGAUGCUGGCUAUGUGCCUGACACAAUGCCAGUUUUCCACAAUGUGGGUGAUGAUGAAAAGAGGAAUAUGGUGAGAAGCCACAGUGAGAGGUUGGCCAUUGCGUUUGGGCUCAUUAGUACACCUCCUGGGACAAAGCUUCUUGUGACUAAGAAUCUUCGAGUUUGCGAGGACUGUCAUGUUGUUAUCAAGCUGAUUUCAAAGAUCUCGCAGCGUGAAAUCAUCAUAAGAGAUGUUAACCGUUACCAUCACUUUGUAAAUGGUGAGUGCUCUUGCAAAGACUACUGGUAGCUUUACAGUGAAUAAACAAGUUGAUUUUGCUCAUAUCGGGUGCUAGUCGUAUUAGUCUCAUACGACAGAAGAUGUGGUCUUUUCCAAAACAGCACAGGUCAGCCAAAAAGAAAACAGCUCAGUUUUGAGAAUUCGAAAGUGACUGGAAAUCUGUGAUUGUCUGUUACUGUCAGAGUUCACUGUGAUGUUGUUCUACAAGACAAGCUUGGAUGCUGACUGAGCCAGCACAGAGUUGCAAAACGCAAAGGUGAUGACUUUGAUAUGGAGCACUUCAUGUAUGUAAGUCAUUCAGAGAUGAAGAAACAUGAUCGUGUUCAUUGUGGAACACCUGGUUCUCCACUGGUCUUGCUUAAAUUUAGUCCUUGUUAGGAGGGGUGUACCCGAAUUCAAGGUUGGCCUUCAUGGUUUCAAAUAUAAUGAGGGAAAAUCUCGUUCUGAUUUUCCAUACUGGCAAGCUUUUGUCUGGAGGGCUGAGUUUUGUGCCCUGAUGCCUAUCAAAGGUUUGUAAAAAGCCUAUUACGCCACUGGAAUUGCAUCCCAUGAAACUAUUGGUCUUCAUGAAGAUAUAAAAUUAUUAAUUGAAGAUGGAAAUAA